AUGCUACCACCGGGUCUACUAACUAUUACGGAAGUUUGGGAUGCUAAUUUGGAAUCGGCGAUCGAAGACAUGAGAAACGCCUUGGAAAUCACUUCGUUCAUUGCUUUUGAUGUGGAGUUCCCAGGAGCUCUCUUAAAGAAAAGGCAAUUUUUAUUCAAUCAUCCCCAAGAAGCUGAAUGGGACUACAUAAAUAAUACUUUGAAACACACGCAGCCAAUACAAUUCGGCUUUGCUUUUUAUGGAUUGGAUAAUGAAGGCCAGACUCAACACAUCAACACAUGGCAGGUCAAUUUCAGAUUUGACGAACAAAAAGACGUCUCAAAUCCAGAGAGCAUUAAAUUUUUGAAGGAGCAUGGAUUUGAUUUUAAUAAGUUUCUGGAACACGGAGUACAAAUUAGCGAUUUUCAACAAUUAUUUGUAAAUGCUGGCAUUCUAGGAUCGCCGAAAAUAACUUGGGUAUUUUUUCACGGCAAUUUCGACAUUGCCUAUUUGCUCAAGGUAUGCACGAAUCAAUGGUUCAACGAUGUAGAUUCGUAUUUAGAUACUAUUUCGAAGUGCCUUCCGUUUAGUAUUGACGUCAAGGUACUAAUAGAGAGAUAUGUCAUAGUUGAAUCAAGAGGAUUACAAAAGUUGGCCACCGAGUUAAACGUACAAAUUUGUAAAAUGAAAAAUGCAGCACAUCAUGCCGGAUUUGAUGCGCAAGUCACAUUUUCAUGUUACGAGAAUAUUUGUCACCGGGCAUACUUGCCUCCCGAAGUCUUUGGGCAAUUUUUGUAUUUAAACAUUUAUUAG